AAUGGAGCCAGCCCAGAGCACCCGCUGUUUCUCACCUCAUCAGGCAAAACGCGGGUUGGGAUUGGAAACGCGCGUGGGUGAAGACGAAAGAGGUCCUCUCAGCCCACACCAGACUGCACCGGUACCCCGUACAGGUCUGAGUGGCCGGGCACCUAGGUACCUAGGUACCUAGGUACCCAGGUACCCAGGUACUGCGGCAGUCUGCCCGUGCUUGCACCGUUGCAGCCCGUCGUCAGCUCUGCCCAGUGACAGUGCCCAGUCAUUGCCAGUGACAAUGCCCACCAGCCAGAAAAUGCCGGCCAGUACUCUGCAGAGUCGUGUCGCGAAGCGGUGAGCCCAGGUACCCUCCCUCCCUCCUGCCCCAAGCUCCACAGGUGGGCACUCGCGCAUGCUAGAUAUAGCACUAGCAGCCUUUUCAGAGUUCUGCUCGGGGCUUUUGACCACCAGUGAGCGAGGCCGGGGUGGAGAGCCGGCUGGACCUGGCCCAGCGCUCCUGCCCCGUGCCAGGCAAGCUCUACACAGCAGUACGGAGUAGUAGUAUCCUCUCCUGCAUGUGCCCAUGUGGUACGUGCCUACCCCCCUCCCACCACCCUGGGGGCUUGCUUCCUUGGGGCCCCCUAAUAACCUCGACCGGGCCUGCUCCAAAUUGUCCAGCUCCUUUUCGACGACCUACUAAUCUCAAGCCUCGCCCUCCAAUUGCCCACCAUGCACUCGACGACGACACGAGGCCACUGAGUGCACAGAGUCCACAGAGUCCACCAGGGCAAGAACCAUUGCCAGACGGCCCUACUACGACACCUGCUCCCGCGACCUACGCCCUCGCCCUCGCCCUCGCCCUCGCCCUCGCCCUCGCCCGCACCCGGCACCCGCAAACCCGCGACUCCAGCCGGCCCCAUUCACAUAUCUAUCUCUAUCUGCCCGGCAUUACGACGACGCCCGCCCACGAUCCCUGCUCCGGCCUGUCUCCUGCACACGUGCUCCUCGGCCCAAGACCGCGCCGGCCCUCCGGCACAGCUGCGGCGACAGCCCCGGGGCAAUCGCCAACAGCUCCCAAGGCCGCAGAGACUGCGACGGCCAAGCUCGAAAGGCAUGAUACCCACCAGCCCUGCAGUGCCCACCUCCGCCCAGCCUCUGACCGGGCUGCAUUGACCGACAGCACCCGCGUGUGCUCGACAAUCGGCCACAUAUCACACAUAUCACACGCAUCCACCCCCCAGCGCCUGCCGGCGCAUCCCCGUGGAGCCCAACCCAGCCCAGGAAUUCCUGUUCGGGUAACCCGCCGCCUGAGACGCGCCCCCCGGCAUCAAGCUCUUGAGUUUUCGGGAGGCGGCAGGAAGGCCGUCCCUUUGGGCAGACAAAGAGGGGCCGCUUCGACGUGCCUUGACCUGGACCAACACCUCACCUUCAGAGCCCCAUGCGAGAAGCUAUGCGGUGUGUCUAAGUUCUGCCCCUUCCAGAGCCCGCUCCCCUCCCUGCCAGCCUCCAGCUCCCACGCCCCAGGUCUCCGUGGCCCAGCACAACCUCGGGGGCUGCCUCGCUGCCUGGUCCGGUCCACUUUCGCCGUACCGAACACCGCCCGUCCUUCCGCUCCCCGCCCGCCGUUGUGGACCAGAUGCUGACGGCCUUAUCUUCGCAUGGUCAGAUGGCACAGGUGAUGGAUAGCCCGCAUAGAUCGCUACUUGGGGACGGACAUGUCAAGGAUGAUCCAAUGGCCCCGCGCACCGUUCCAAUCCGUACGCCAACCAUUCAGAUGUCGGCCCCGGACAGCGAGCCCAUGGACAUCACCACUCCUACCAACUCAUCUGCGCCUGCCUCUACUACAAAGAGUCCUGAUCGGGAGAGGGAUCGAGACACCAAUGGCACCCCCACCCGCUCAGAGGCCCAAGGGUCAAGCAGUGUCAUGACAAUGCCGGCGCCCACAGCGGCCGCCGCCGCCGUCCACGGCCCAAAGAUCGUUCAGACAGCAUUUAUACACAAGUUAUACAAUAUGCUCGAGGACAGCAACAUAUCACACCUCAUAUCUUGGUCAAAUACUGAGGAGAGCUUCGUCAUGUCGCCGACCUCGGAGUUCUCCAAGGUGCUUGCACAAUACUUCAAACACACCAACAUCUCCUCGUUCGUCCGCCAGCUCAACAUGUAUGGUUUCCACAAGGUGAGCGACGUGUUCCACAACGGCAGUCCCGAGCACCCCCUGUGGGAAUUCAAGCACGGGAACAACAGCUUCAAGAGGGGCGAUUUGAUCGGCCUGCGAGAAAUCAAGCGCCGCGCUUCUCGCCACGCCCUUGGUACCCAACAAAAGGCACCGCAGUCACAGCCAGGGACGCCCGCCGAACCGAUGCAGCCCAUACAAGACGGCGGUGGUGAUCCCAGGCUCUUUGGGAUCGAGCGCAGUGUACAGGACCUCUACGCAAGGCUCGACCGGUCCGAGUCCAACGCACAUUACAUGCAGGUCAAACAUCAAGCACUUCUCGACUCUGUCAACCGACUCCUGUCCUUCAAUCAAGAACAGUCGCGGAUUCUGAUGACCCUGGUGUCACCGGAAAACCCCAUUCACAGAGACGCCCUCACAUUGAGGGGGGAUAUCCAGCGUCAGGCUGAGAUUAUUCGUGGCCUGGAAGAUCCUCACGAAGGACCGUACUCGACCAGCCGUGCAUACCUCGGCAGUGUGGAGAACGCGCCGGUCUCGCCCCGGCAGCUACCACAGGACGACCAGCGAAGGUCGAGUCUUGCUCCACCGGGCCAAACUCGUGCGCCGUACGACUACAGGCCGUCAGUCCCAUCCAAUCUUUCCAUCUCCACACGCCGCCCGUAUGGCUCCAUUGGCGGCAGCACUAUGAAUCAGGUUUCCACCCCGCCGGCGCAAUCGCCAUCUACCCUGCGUCCACAGGCCCCGCCGCCCCCUCCCGCGGCGCCUCACCCACUCGCCGCUGUGGAGCAUCCGGGCAGUCUCGCUCGACGACAUACCUCAGCAGAUAUACGCGCUCACGGAUGGCAGCCCCAGCCGCCCCCCUUCUCCUCGGGACCACCCUCCAGCCAUCUCCCAUCUUCGCCCAGCCACCUCGGCCCGCCCGACGAACGUCGCGAGUCCUUCUCACAAUACCCUUUCCCAGCGAGUCACCAGUCCCAUUCCCGACCAUCCAGCCCGCCGCCAGCACAGCCCAACUUUUCGAACGGUGACGGGUUUGAGAAGCUGAGGAACUGGGAGUGGGGCUCAGCCACACAGAGCCGAAGGAGUAUCUUCCAAGACAGCUCAGCUCCACCAACUCGGCGCGGAAGCAUGGCCCAUAUCCUGAACAAUGACGACGGGGAUGACCCACGAGGAGAUGAUGACCGCAAGAGAAAGCGACUGGCCUGAAAUCCAUCGACGGAGGCGCCAAUGGUGAACUGUUCGUCCAAACGGGCGACUGAUGCAGUAUGAGACAUCAUGUUUAGAUAUGUGACGGCGGGGUAUGGGGAGAGUGUUUCUGCACAAUCCUAGUCCAUCUUGGGAUGUUCGAACAUCCUGAUUCCCUUUUGGUAUACUGAUUAUCGGGUGCCGGAUCUGUGCUCCCGUCUUGCAUAUUCGAACUGGGUGGAUAGCACACUUUUUUUUUUUGGGGGGGGGGGGGUGUUUGGUCUACGCACGUUUUAUCACAAAACGAAACAACAUAUCUGGAUAAUUGGGAACGGUGUCUUUGUUGGGCUAUUUGCCCCCGGCUGCGUCAAUAUACUUGUACUUAAUGAUUGCGAAGCCGGAUAGGGUUUUGGGCGCACCAUGAUGCGAGCGGGCCAACGACAGACAACACCGUCCUUGUUUUUAGGGUCGCCCGAUCGCUUCGUGUUGUGUCUGCAAGAGGAGAAAAGCAAUUCUUACUAGUAAUUGUAUUGUGUGAUAGUAGUACCUAGGUGGUGGUGGUGGUAUGUGGCACUCCUAGUUUGGUGGUAGAUUAGCAUCUGUAUCUGUAUUGAGAAACAGAAAUGGACUAUUUGAAUUCUUUGGA